CUCUCUACAUCCAUGCUGCCCAAAGCGCUCAUCAUCUUCUGGCGGGGCUCCAGGGAGAUUGGCUUUGUUUCAUGCCUUGUUCAGUUGUUCUUUGUCCACAACUUCACAGCAGUGGAGUCGGGUGUGCUCAUGGCCAUGGCCUUGGAUCGCUAUUUUGCCAUUUGCCAUCCCCUGCGGCACUCCAGCAUCCUCUCCAUGCCGGUGGUGGCAGCUCUUGGGAGCCUGGUGCUGCUGCGUGGAGUCCUCAUGGUGGGUCCUACCUGCUUCCUGCUCCGUAGGAAGGCCUUCUGCCAGCAUCGUGUCAUCUCCCAUUCCUACUGUGAACACAUGGCCGUGGUGAAGCUGGUAUGUGAGGACACCAGAGUCAAUGCUGCCUAUGGCCUCUGUGUGGCCUUGUCAGUAAUAGGAGUUGACCUUACAGUGAUCGUCGUGUCCUACACUAUGAUCCUGCGGGUGGUACUGAAGCUGUCAUCCUCAGACACUCAGCUCAAGGCCUUUAACACAUGUGUAUCACAUGUCUGUGUCCUCCUUACAUUUUAUGUCUCUGGACUCUUCACAUUCCUUGCCCACCGGUUUGGACACAGCAUCCCUCAGCACAUCCAUAUAUUGGUGGCCAACCUCUAUAUGCUGGUGCCCCCCACAUUAAACCCCAUCAUCUAUGGGCUGAGAACCAAGAAACUCAGGAACAAGGUAGUUGUCCUCUUCCAUCAAAGGGGAAUCUGA